AUGGUUGAUUCGAAACAAGUCUUGAAGUUGUACAAACAACUUCUCAAUAAAGCUUACAAAUUUGACAAUUACAAUUUCCGCGAAUAUUCGAAAAGAAGAGUCCAUGAUGCAUUUAAGGAACAUAAAUAUUUAACUGAUGAAGAACAGAUAAACAAGUUUUACAAUGCUGGUAUUGAUAAUCUAGCGUUGUUGACGAGACAAACGACGAUUUCGCAGUUGUAUACUUUUGAUAAGUUGGUUGUUGAGCCUUUGAAGAAGCAUCAUUGA